AUGAAGCAAGCCGCGCUCGAGAUGUGGUACGGCGAGAACACUUUCCGUCUCGGCGGCAUUGGCUUUGGAUGUGGCGAAAACCUGGCGUACCCAUAUAUGGUGCCGAACCACAACGCGUUCGCGCAUCUGCAGCAUGUUCAGGUGCAUGUUCGGGGCGACCAUGCGGGUUGGGCGGAUCUGGCAAAGUACUGCGAGACUACAAAGUCCAUGUUGAGGUUGAUUGCCUUUGAGGUGGAGUUUGUGCGGCUGGCUCACCCCGACGCGAAGUCGAAGUCGCUACAGGACGCGUUCGCGGAGGUGGGCCCGCUGGAAGUGCACGCGGAGAAGUUCGUCCUCGAGUAUUAUGGAAAGAGUGAGUUGCUAAGUCCGGCUCGGGCGCUGGUUGUGGCAGAUCGGAUGGACUACCGUGAGAUGGUGGGUGUGUUUGAGAAGAUCAGUAUUGCGAGUGGGGGAAAGGUGGUGAAGGAGGCGGUGCAACGGUUUUGGUAUGAUUGUAAGACGCGCGUGGAUGUGGAUGAGAUUUGGCAGCUUCCGCCAAACUCGAUUUACCCUUAGCAGAAGCAUGUUGUUAGAACGCAAUGGUAUUAGGCGUGGAGACCGC